UAAUUAAUUUAUAUUUCUCUCUUUCCGUUUUCUCGACAAUUACUCAUCAUUUAGCUCGUGUUUUUUAAAAACACACUCACAAAAAGUGAUCUUUCACCUUCACUUUCUGCGAUUCUUCUUCUUCACUCGCAUGUAUUUAAAUUGCUUCGACCUUGUCACUCAGAAACUUCAUCAAUCUCUCUUCUAACAAAAACCCUAACCCUAAUUCUCUCAAGACAACUCAAAGGUCUCUCAUUUUUUGGGUUUUAUCUCUUCCGUACAAUCGCCAUGUCUCUACCAUGGAAAAAACCUAAAUCAAGUCGAAUCUUAAGAUUCAUGUCGGAGUUUCAACAAUCGCCGUUCGUUGAAACUGGCUUCCCAACUUCUUUAAUCGAUCUCUUCUUCAAAAAUCGCGAUCGUCUCAAAAAAUCUCCGUCUAAACGCUUCAAACGAAUCGAACGCCAGAUUCAAACCGCUCCAAACGCUUCUUCUUUGACUAAUCAAGAUGCGGUUUUGGAAAAGCCCACGGGGAUUAAAACCGUUCGGAGUAAGAUCGAGAAAGUUAAUUGCGUUAAAGGUGAAUCAGCGGCGGAGAAGAAGCACGCAAUUAAAAAUAGCGUUUGCGUUUGCGGCGGUGGCGGUGAGGUUGUUUUGAUGGCGUUUAAGGUUUUAAUAGUGGCGUUGCUCGCCUUGAGCACGAAAAAGAAGCUUACUAUAGGAAUCACUCUCUCCGCUUUCGCUCUUCUCUUAACAGAGCUCGUGGCGGCGCGUGUGUUCACGCGCUCCAAGCUCUGUAACACCGGCAAAGACAAAAACGCGAUUGGCCGCGAAAAAAUAAUCGAAACUUUUGAUGAAACUCGAGUUCCUGAUGUGCAGGAAACAGAGCAUGUAGUAGCUGAAACAGAGGUUUCGAAGUUGAAAGGUUUAACGAUUCGUGAUCUGUUGUUAAAGGACGAGAAAUCGACAAGUAAAAGUUGGAGACUAAAAUCGAAGAUUGUGAAGAAGUUGAGGAGUUACAAUAAUAAGAAGACGAAGAAGACAAUGAUGAUCAAAGAAGAGUCUUUGAUUGAAGUCUCGAGUUUGGUUUUAGAAGAUAAACCAAAUAAAGUUGACUCCGAGAGAGACCAAGAAACGUUGAAUCUUCCAUUGAUGAGAUCAAAUGGUGAUAAAAUGAAUGUGAUUGUUCUGAUCGUGAUAGUGCUUACUGGUUUGUUAUGUGGAAAGAUCUUAGCCAUUGUUUUAACACUAUCCUGUUUGGUUCUUAGAUUUGGAGAAGUCCAAAAAAUUUAAUCUUUGCAUAUAAAUUUUUUGUAUAUUUUUAAUAAAAUUAUUGAUAUAUAUAGUAGUUUACAUGUUUGCAUAUGAAACUGUAAUUUUUUCUUAUUUUAUAUGAAGGAGAUUGGAUAGACAUCUAA